AGGAGUUGGCCGGGCCCGUCGCUGUGUCCGUGGCGGCUGCUGCCUGCUCAGGAGGCCGGCUGCGCGGUGGCGGGCGAAGCGGGCGGAGGUGGACCCCAGCGCGGGGCUUUGCUCGCUUCCACUUGAAGCUGUGAAUUCCUUUGGACAACUGAUGAUAUUUAUCAUUGUGCACAGUUUCUACAAAUAAAAAAUGGGUGGAUUAUUUUCUCGAUGGAGGACAAAACCUUCAACUGUAGAGGUUCUGGAAAAUAUAGAUAAGGAAAUUCAAGCAUUGGAAGAAUUUAGGGAAAAAAAUCAGAGAUUACAAAAAUUAUGGGUUGGAAGAUUAAUUCUCUACUCUUCAAUUCUCUAUCUGUUUACAUGUUUAAUUGUAUACUUCUGGUAUCUUCCUGAUGAAUUUACAGCAAGACUUGCCAUGACACUCCCAUUUUUUGCUUUCCCACUCAUCAUCUGGAGCAUAAGAACAGUGCUUAUUUUCUUCUUUUCCAAGAGAACAGAAAGAAAUAAUGAAGCAUUGGAUGAUUUAAAAUCCCAGAAGAAAAAAAUACUUGAAGAAGUCAUGGAAAAAGAAACUUAUAAAACAGCUAAAUUAAUUCUUGAAAGGUUUGAUCCAGACUCAAAGAAAGCAAAGGAGUUUGAGCCGCCAUCUGCUGGAGCUGCUAUAACUGCAAGACCUGGACAAGAGAUUCGUCAGCGAACUGCAGCACAAAGAAACCUUUCUCCAACACCAGCAGGCCCUAGCCAGGGCUCUCCUCCACAAGUUCCAGUAUCUCCUGGACCACCAAAGGACACUUCAGCCCCUGGUGGACCCCCAGAAAGAACCGUUACUCCAGCCCUAUCGUCAAAUGUGUUACCAAGACGCUUUGGAUCCCCUGCUACUUCAGUGCCUGGAAUGGGUCUUCAUCCUCCUGGUCCACCUUUAGCAAGACCCAUUCUGCCCCGAGAACGAGGUGCUCUGGAUAGAAUCGUUGAAUAUUUAGUUGGUGAUGGUCCACAAAACAGGUAUGCCCUUAUAUGUCAGCAGUGUUUUUCUCACAAUGGCAUGGCUUUGAAAGAAGAAUUUGAAUACAUUGCUUUCCGUUGUGCCUACUGUUUUUUCUUGAAUCCUGCAAGAAAAACCAGACCCCAGGCUCCAAGACUUCCAGAGUUUAGUUUUGAGAAGAGGCAGGCAUUGGAAGGCUCAAGCACAGUUGGUUCCUUGCCCUCAGAAAGUGUGAUUUCAUCAGAGAGUCAGAUCAGCGAAGAAUCUUUAGAAGAACAAGAUGUUCUAGAUAACAGUGCAGAGCAGACAGAUGACAAAAUACCAGAUACAGAGCAGACAAAGCCAGUGAUUGAAGAAGCAUCUGGCACAGAGGAACCAGAGGAGAAGCAAGAAGAGACUGAGAAUGAAGAAACCUCAAUGAAUGAAGCCAAAUCAGCAGUUCCCAGAGCUGAUGCUACUCCUAAUCCUGAACUAAGUGAAGAAUCUUUGACAAUGUAGUAAAUGCUUCCACGUGCCUUCAACUGGAUAUUUAUAGUCUUGUUGAUGUCAGUUAUUGCUUUUUUAGGUGGUGCUUUCUUUUUGUUUUCCUCUCUAAAGACAUGCUUGAUAUCAGUUGAAUUUCAGAUUGCCUAGCUAUUUCAGUAUGUCAGAGUUAUGUCUGCUGGAUAUUAAAAUUGAAAGCAAGUGAUAUCAGUAAAGUAAAAUCCUUUUGAAUGUACAAAAACCCACACUGUUUAGACAGCUUUUAGGUAUUUUUUUCCAUUCUAAACAUAAACAAAUAUGAUAGCACUUUUGUUUUCUACUUGUGACCUGUAAAUACUAUCCAUUUUGACAUAGGAAGAACUUUGGUUAGGAAUAAGUUCUAAUAGCGUUUGUUUUAAGGAAUGAAACUCAGUUAAGAGUUUUAAUACUUCAUCAUUAAAAUGGAUAGAAUUUUAACUCUUGAGGUAUUUGCCAGGGGUAAAAUGUCUAUUUAGGCAUUUGUAUUUAAGAGGUAUGAAAGUUAUUACAGUAACAAUAUAGACAUUGGUAUGACUUCUCAGUAAGAAUGCAGUUGAACAGUCAAGUGCAGUGUUACUUUUGAUGUCUCUUAUUUUGCAGCUGGGCCAGAGGUACCUGAUGUAUAUAAUUAGCUUAUGUUUACAUCUUAACAUAUAGGAAAUAUCUCUGCACUUGACUGUACUUGAAUUUUGAGCGUUAUUUAUAUUUGUAAAAUAAUGAUGAUAUUAUAAGUGAAUUUUGUGCUCUUAUGUGUAUGUCGUUAAGGAAAAUAAAGAUGAUCUGG